AAUUAUAUGCGGGCUCGCUAUUCAAAGAAUUUAAAACCCAUGUGACCUCACUAGUAUAAAUAACCACCGCCAUGCUUAAAUCGCUCAUAUUUUUCUUGGCGCACGUUGUGCGGGCUAUAAGGUAUUAUCUGAGAUUUUUUUGAUUAAAAAUUGAGUUAAGACGAUGUCUUAACUUUGAGUGUUUAAUACACGUUUUGUUUUCAAAGUGUUAUUGUUUCUCAGACGUGGUCUGGGUGUUUUCACGUGGCACACGUGAGACGAGUUUGUUGUUGAAACUUACAUGCAUGUCCUCGACAGAAAAUUCUGACGUUUUAUCAAUAAUGGCAGACUCGGGUGAUGAGUCUUUUGAGAGUUUUGAUAGCGAGGACAUUAGAGAGGCAGAGAAAAGACUCGCCUCUAAAAUGAACGAGAUAAGGUCAACUGCAGGUUCUGCAGUACACAAUGAUAAUGAACAAGGGCCUUCAACUUCGACGGCGAAGCCGUCUUCAGCAUGUAAAAAAGGUGGCAAACGUAAAAGUUCGAGCAAAAAUGCCACAAAAGCAAAGAAAAAUAAAAAGGCUGACGUUUCUGGUAAUGAUAUUACCAAUGCCAUAUUGAAUAUGGACACAGAAAAUAUUGACAAAUUUAAAGAAAUGAUGGGAAUUAAUGAUAUAAUUGGCUGCAUUUAUAAUCUGCAGAAAGAAAGAUUAGAUCAGUUGGAACAAGAGAGUGUUGACCUAGAUGUCAAUAAUAAUGAGCAUGAAGUCUCAAGUGUAAAUGAUGAUUUUGACUUUUUCAUGAAUGAUAAAGAAUCAGUUGAACAAGAUAAAGAUCAAGUAGAUAAUGACUGGGAUAUUCCAGAAUGGUUUUCGUCAGAUAAAAAAGGAAAGAAUGUUGAUGACAAAUUAGCAAACAUGGUGAACACUCUCUGUACUAAAGAAGGUGAAACAGAGAAAAUAAUUGAAAGUCACCCACGACCAGCAAAUUGUACAUAUUUGUUAGCUCCUCGGGUAAAUCCAGAUAUCUGGAAUAUUAUGCCAAAAUCUGCUCAAAGUAGAGACUCUGGCUUUCAAGCCGUUCAGAAAACUAUAGCAACAGGGAUUGUUCCUUUGCUUAAAAUAGCUGAAAUGUCAAAGUCAAAUGAGAACUUGAAGGAGGUUAGAAAUUUGAUAAAACAGGCAGUUAUUGUUCUGUGUAACUCUGUGUAUCAAUUGUCCCAAAAAAGGAGAUUUCUUUUGAGAAAAAUUUUGCCAAAUAAGUUUUCUGACAUAUGCAAUGCCACUCAGCCAGUAACUGAAUUUUUGUUUGGCUCUGAUAUACAAAAGAAAAUAAAGGAGUUAUCAGAUUUUGAUAAAUACAAGUCUCGGGACAAAUUUAAUAGAGGUGCAUAUAACAAUGCAGGCUACAGGGGGAGAAGGAAUUUCUCCUACAACUAUUAUUAUGGCAGAGGAAGAGGAUCUAAUAGACCUUUUUUAGGGGGAAGAACUCGAGAAGCGAGAUCAGACAAGAGAGGAAGACGAGAGAAAUACUAAAUGAGACAAACACGUUAGACUGCCAAGACAUGCAGAUCUGAUGACAGAGGGAAAAAGAAACCAUCCUUUGAACAAGAAAAUUACUCUAGCCGCCGCAGUUUUCUCUGGAAAACCUUGCAGGAUAAAGGAUUUUCAAAAAACGUUAAGCU